AUGCCUAGUUUUCACAUGAAGACUGUGACAGACUGCCUGAAGUCUCUAGUGAGCGAGGUGGUGAAGAAACUUCGGGAAACCCCGAUUUUCUUUUGGAUAUACAUAUCUGUAUUAUUGUAUAUGACCCGCAAGCUUACAUAUCAGUACGGCCACAGUAAGAAGAAGCUCAAUAUUAGAGGCCAGUCCGUGUAUGUGGAUCGUGCUGAAGAGGCUAUUGCUGAAUGUAUUAUUGACCCUGCCACAAUUAAGGAGGAUUUUUCUAAUAUUGGGGGCUUAGAAGACGCUAAAUUGUUAUUAAUUGAGCAUGUAAAAUGGCCAUUUACGCGUCCAGAAUUGUUUUCUGGGAAAACAUUGAGAUCCCAUCCCAAAGGUGUUUUGCUUUAUGGUCCUCCUGGAACAGGAAAAACACUCUUGGCACGUGCCAUGGCAAAGGAGCUUGGUUGCAGUUUUAUAAAUGUGAAAACGGACUCUCUUUUUUCCAAGUGGGUUGGUGACACGGAGAAAAAUGCUGCAGCUGUUUUUUCUCUUGCAGAGAAAAUUUCACCCUGCGUUAUUUUUAUUGAUGAAGUCGACGCGCUUCUUGGAUCGCGGAACACUAUUGAUUCUCCUCCUCACAACCACGCCAAAACAAUAUUUAUGACAUGUUGGGAUGGAAUUACUCAAAGCGACGCCAAAAUUAUUGUUAUUGGAGCAACAAACAGACCUAAGUUUAUUGAUGAAGCCAUACGGCGUCGACUGCCUCUUCAAGUGGAGGUGCCACCUCCCGAUGAGGCAGCUCGUCACAAAAUCCUGAAUAUUCUUCUGGAACAUGAUUUGGGGGAUAAUCCCAAUAAGAACGAGAUAAUUGCGUUUGUUGCUACAAAGACAAGUAAUUACACUGGUUCGGAUUUGACUGAAUUAUGUAAAGCUGCAGCAUUGAUGCCUGUGCACGAAAUUAGCAAAGAUGGUGUUUUGCCCCCGCUUGAGUCUCGCCAUUUUACCGAAGCAUUACGACGGGUCAGGCCAUCAUUAUGA